AUGGCUCUGAUCUCAUCUAUCGUUGUAUCGCUUAGAAUAUACAUCCAAUGCUCUGAAAUAUCGUUCUGGUGGGAUGAUGGUUUGAUGUUGGCCGCACUGAUGAUAUAUAUUGCUAAUAUUGGACUUGCUUGUAGAAGCUUACAGUACGGCGUCGGCACCCCCAAUGUGAAUAUUCCCAUGUCCAUGCAGGUCGAGGCUAGCAAAUACAUGACUAUUUGGUCACUAUUAUACGAAUCAUGCCUUUUCAUUGUCAAGGCUUCUAUCUGCUUGACUAUAUUUCGGUUGAGAAAGCCCACGAGAUACAUCCGCUUCACGAUCUAUAUUCUCCUCCUAGCGAGCUUUGCAUCAUUUCUCGAUGGCGUCAUAGGUCUCUUAACUCAAUGUACCCCCGUUGAAGCUAUUUGGGACAAGAGACUCAUGAAAGAUGGCAGGGGAACAUGCAAAGAUAAAGAUACCAUGAUAGGCAUCAUAUAUACUACUGCGAUUAUAACGAUCGCGACUGAUGUGGCAUGUACUGUUUUACCGGCAGUCAUGAUGUGGAACACUCAACUCAAGUUGAAAAAGCUACUAAUUAGCUUGCUUCUGUUAUUCGGGCUGCUUGCUUCUGUCUGCACGGUAAUCCGGGUGUCUGAUAUUCAAAAGGUUACGAGCGACGGCAAAUAUUUCUGGACCUUGAGAACUGUGCUGUGGUCGAACAUCGAAACGGCCAUUGGUAUCAUCGCAGGGUCGAUGCCAGUACUGCAGAAGAUUGUUCUGAGCCAUCCUAUGAAACGAGAGUCGAUCACAUCAUCUAAAGCUCCCGGCUCAGCGCCCUCCCAUAGCGCACCCAGAAAGCCUCAAAGUAACCGAGAAGACUUCGGUAAUCCGUUCGACGUCGGCUGCAAUAUCACAACAGUGUGCGCGAGUCGUCGUUCUCGUGAUUGGGACCGCAUGGAGAAGGGGGAUAACUUGCCCUUUAUUCGUGCCGAGUAUACUUACGAAGUUACGCGAUCAGAUUUCUCCCCUGAGAUGGUGGAAGUGUAA